AUGCUGCACUUGACCCUGCUGCGGCUAAAGAAGACCUGGAUCUGUGACGCAGCAUCUAUGGACAACUCCAAAGUAAUGAAUCAGUGUGCCUUUAGAGGAAUGGAAGAAAACAAAGAAAGGCCUAAACGGCAGCGGCAGAACAACUUUCCCAUGUUUCCAUCUCCUAAAGCCUGGAAUUUCAGAGGGCGGAAACGGAAGCAGAGCCCCCAGGAUGAAGAUGCGGUUAGCCUUUGUAGUCUUGAUAUAAGUGAGCCUAGUAAUAAACGAGUCAAACCUCUUUCCAGAGUCACAUCCCUUGCCAACCUCAUCCCACCUGUGAAGGCCACGCCGUUAAAGCGCUUCAGCCAAACCCUGCAGCGGUCCAUCAGCUUCCGCAGUGAGAGCCGUCCCGACCUCCUGGGCCCCCGACCCUGGUCCAGGAAUGCUGCCCCCUCGAGCACAAAGCGGAGAGACAGCAAGCUGUGGAGUGAGACCUUCGACGUGUGCGUCAAUCAGAUGCUCACGUCCAAGGAAAUCAAACGGCAGGAGGCAAUCUUUGAGCUUUCUCAAGGAGAAGAAGAUUUAAUAGAGGACUUGAAAUUGGCAAAAAAGGCCUAUCACGACCCCAUGCUGAAACUCUCCAUAAUGACAGAACAGGAGUUGAAUCAAAUUUUUGGAACACUGGACUCCUUGAUUCCUCUCCAUGAAGACCUUCUUAGUCAGCUUCGAGAUGUCCGCAAGCCCGAUGGCUCGACUGAGCACGUUGGUCCCAUCCUCGUGGGCUGGCUACCUUGUCUCAGCUCCUAUGACAGCUACUGCAGCAAUCAGGUAGCUGCCAAAGCUCUGCUGGACCACAAAAAACAAGAUCACCGAGUCCAAGAUUUCCUGCAGCGAUGUUUAGAAUCCCCCUUUAGCCGAAAACUAGAUCUCUGGAAUUUCCUGGAUAUUCCAAGAAGCCGUCUGGUGAAAUACCCUCUGCUGCUUCGAGAAAUCUUGAGGCACACACCAAAUGAUAAUCCAGAUCAGCAGCACCUGGAAGAAGCUAUAAACAUCAUUCAGGGAAUUGUGGCAGAAAUCAACACCAAGACUGGAGAAUCUGAAUGCCGCUAUUAUAAAGAGCGACUUCUUUACUUGGAGGAAGGCCAGAAAGACUCCCUAAUCGACAACUCAAAGGUGCUGUGUUGUCAUGGUGAACUGAAGAACAACCGAGGCGUGAAACUACAUGUCUUCCUCUUCCAAGAAGUGCUCGUCAUCACCCGCGCCGUUACCCACAAUGAGCAGCUCUGUUACCAGCUGUACCGGCAGCCUAUCCCCAUGAAGGACCUGCUGCUGGAAGACCUGCAGGAUGGGGAAGUGAGGCUGGGCGGCUCCCUGCGAGGCGCGUUCAGCAACAAUGAGAGAAUUAAAAACUUCUUCAGAGUGAGUUUCAAAAAUGGAUCCCAAAGUCAGACCCACUCAUUACAAGCCAAUGACACAUUCAACAAACAGCAGUGGCUCAACUGUAUUCGCCAAGCCAAAGAAACAGUUCUGUGUGCCACGGGGCAGGCUGGGGUCCUUGACUCUGAGGGACCAUUCCUAGAUCCCGCCACCGGGAGCAGGGAGCCACGGGGUGAAACAAAACUUGAGCAGAUGGACCAAUCAGACAGUGAAUCGGAUUGUAGCAUGGACACAAGUGAGGUCAGCCUCGACUGUGAGCGCAUGGAACAGACAGACUCUUCCUGUGGGACCAGCAGGCAUGUUGAAAGCAACGUCUGA